AUGUCGAGAAUGGAAGACGAGGAAUUUCGGCGCCGGAAAAUGGAAGAAGCCCUCGAAGUGAAAUCCCUCCGUCGUAUCAUCAGUGCUUAUCUCAACUAUCCGGAGGCUGCAGAGGAGGAUAUUAGAAGAUAUGAAAGCUAUUUUAGAAGACUUCCACCAUCUCACAAGGCACUUUUAUCGCACCUUCCUUUGAAAUUUAAGAAACUCAGAUGGUGUAUCUCACAAAAUUCCUACUUCAUAUUUGAGAUGCUUAAGGCAUUUGAUCCCCCUUUGGAUAUGAGUCAGGACAUUGAUAUAUCUUCAGAAGAAUUUGUGGACAAUGUAUCAGAUAACAAUCCCUUCUCUGGUGAAAGAAAACCUUUCCCUUGUCAGUGUGAAUCAUCAAGUGGACAAAUCUCUUCUUUGAAAGAUGAUGAACUUAGAUUUGGGGGAAGUGCCAAUGCAGUAAACGGGUCACCUAAAGCAGAACCAGUCUGUGAGGAGAAGAAAACCGAACCUUCGGUGGAGUCCAAUCCUGAGAACUGCUCUAUAGGCUUGGCAUUUGACAAAAAGGUAUGCGUGUCAUCUCCUGAUUGGUUGGACCCUGCAUUACAGUUGCAUGUCCCAUUGGUUGAUGUGGAUAAGGUUCGAUGCAUUGUACGGAACAUUGUCCGAGAUUGGGCAUCUGAGGGUCAGAGAGAACGUGACCAGUGCUACAAGCCAAUUCUUGAAGAACUUGGACGGCUUUUUCCAGAUCGCGCUAAAGGGAGUCCUUGUUCAUGUUUAGUCCCCGGAGCUGGACUUGGGAGAUUAGCAUUAGAAAUCUCAUGUCUGGGUUUUAUAAGCCAAGGAAAUGAAUUUUCUUACUACAUGAUGAUUUGCUCAAGCUUUAUUCUUAACCACACUCAAACUGCUGAGGAGUGGACAAUAUAUCCAUGGAUACACAGUAACUGCAAUUCUCUUUCAGACAGUGACCAGCUACGCCCUGUUUCAUUUCCAGAUAUUCAUCCUGCUAGUGCAGGGAUCACCGAAGGCUUCUCAAUGUGUGGUGGUGAUUUUGUUGAAGUCUACAAUGAUUCAAGCCAAGUUGGUGUAUGGGAUGCAGUAGUGACUUGUUUCUUUAUUGACACUGCACAUAAUGUUGUGGAAUAUAUUGAAAUCAUCUCGAGAAUUCUCAAAGAUGGAGGAGUUUGGAUAAACUUGGGACCCCUCCUUUAUCAUUUUGCAGAUAUGUAUAAUCAAGAAGAUGAUAUGUCAAUUGAGCUGAGUUUGGAAGAUGUGAAGAAGGUUGCAAGUCAUUAUGGAUUUCAAAUAGAGAAGGAAUCAACAAUUGAGACGACAUACACAACAAAUCCAAGAUCUAUGAUGCAGAAUCGAUAUUUUGCUACAUUUUGGACCAUGCGGAAGAAACCAUUUGCAACGACAGAGCAGAGAGCAUAG